CGGGCUAUGUGAAUGGUGAGUGAGGGGAAGGCGGGCGGGGUGGGUCGUUGUGCGAGGAGGAAAAGGGGGGUGUCUCGCUAUAAGAAGCCAAAAGAGACCGAUGCAGUCAGUUGGUUCUGUCAAACUCUCCAAGCGUUAAUAAGGAUAAGACCUAACUACUGUCUACCACUCUGCAUCUACAAGAGACUGAGAUACGGUUUUAUAAGCCACACAUACGGGUUCUGCGCUACACUUGACACCCUAAAACCCUGCCCUACACCCUCAGGCCUCCACCCUCCUCCCGUCCCUAUCCUGCAUCCCUCUUGUCUGUCCGACUGGGUGUCCCUCUGUAGUGAGUCAUGAAGUGGCCUCUGUGGAGCCUGCUGCUGCUGCUGUGCCGGUGUAGCCCAGGACAGAGUGGCUGCCAGGGGGACUGCCUGGCCUGUGGCCUCCUACUAUCCAACCCCCAGAGCCAGCAGCAAGUGUUCAAUACACUGGUGUGUCUGUUGGAGUGUGACGGUCACGUCUCCCCUGCCCUCACCUGGGAUCUGUGUCAGCGAGCCAUGCUACCGCACUACCCCCUCCCACCAGACGAUGGCGCUGUGUCUAAGAGAGCAGAGGAAAAACUGUCCUUAAACCAUGGCCCCGUUGACCUGGAGUCAGAUGGAAAAAUGCUCUACUCUGCAGCCAUGGGGCGCUACCAGCAGGAUGGAGCGUACCAGGAAGACGAGGCCCUGGUGCGACGUGAUUCCCAGUACGACUCCUCUCCGCUGGGCUUGACCGCAGAAGGAGACUCGCUGGCGCUGGGUAUGGAGAGCAGGGAGGAGGAGGAGGAGGUCAGGAGGAGGAGGAGCGGCCAGGGGGAGGAAGGAGACUCGCUGGCGCUGGGUAUGGAGAGCAGGGAGGAGGAGGAGGAGGUCAGGAGGAGGAGGAGCGGCCAGGGGGAGGAGGGAGACGAGGAGGAUGCCGUGGUCCAGCUGACCAAGCGUUUCGGGGGCUUCCUGAAAGGUCGUCACAGUUACAGGAAGUUGAUUGGCGGCCCGGAGAGGAAGUCGCUGCAGAAACGCCUCGGAGGGUUCAUCGGGAUCAGGAAGUCGGCCAGGAAGUGGAACAACCAGAAGAGGGUGAGCCAGCUCCUCCGGCAGUACCUGGGGAUGACCGGCAGCAGAACCCCUGGUCGCGGUGUUGGGAGGUUCACUAACCCAGCCCAGGGCCUCAGGAGGCUACCCAGCCGGCUGUAGCCUUCCCUUCAUCCCCUGGUGCCUCUCUGCUCUUCUCGUCUCCCGUGCCUCCACCCACAUGGAUCUGCUCUUCUCUUCUCCCGUGCCUCCACCCUCCCAGGUACCUCCUAUAGAAAUAGAAUUACUAUAGUUUACUACUUGCUUACUAUUAUGCUGGUAUUCCAUCCCCAUUGUUACCAGCUACAGCUAUGGGUACUGUGAACUCCCUCAUUCCUCAUCGGCCUUAUGAAGAAGAGAAAUGACAUCAUCAUUCUGAAACCCAUCCACCGUCGUGUGAAGAGUCGUAAGGAAUGUUUCCUUCCGACUACUGCUCCCGACUACUGCUCCCGACUACCGCUCCCGACUACCGCUCCCGACUACCGCUCCCAGUUAAUGAAUAAAAAGUGCAAUGUAAUAUUGUGUGUCGGUAUUGUAAGGCCGUACUUCAUGAUACCAUAUCCUGGAUAUAGUACCACCCAUGUUAUGGUGAUGAUUGGGUAUUUAUGACGUAUGUACGCACUUGAUCUUUUUUUUUCAUUUAAAUCUUGAGAGAGUGAGGGUUGCAGUCGCUAUUUGCACUGGUCUCUGGGUAAUUCUACAACUGGUGGGUCUGCAUCUUCUCUAUUCUGAGUGCACUCUGAACGUUUUCAGAGCCCUUGAAUGUUACGUUACAACUUUGUUGUAUUAAAUUAUCCCCCCCCCCAUCAUUCUGCACACAACACCCCAUAAUGACAAAGCAAAAACAGAAUUUCAGAAAUGUUAAUAACUACAUAACUACCUUAUUUACAUACAGUACUCUCCAAAAUGACUGGCACCCUGCCUGACUGGAAAUGCACAAACAAUACGUUAUCUCUAUAAUUAUAUUGUUUAUAUUUUUUUUAAACUCAAAAUACCAAACAUGUGAGAAAUACUCUACUUUAUUAACGUUUCAAUGGAACCAACCAAAAUCAAGUAUUGAUUUAAUUCAAAAUCAAUGUUCUCACAAUGAAUGGCACCCUUACAGAUGAUUAUAAAUAGCAUCCAACAUUAAAGAAGGAAUAAAUUCCACUUAUUUAAGUUUAUCUAAGUCUUAAGGAACUACUGUAUAUUGAGCCAUUACAUCACUUCCUGUUUCACUAGGGUAUAAAAAUGAGGUAACACACAUGCAAUAUCCCGCUGUCAUCCAACACCACGAGGAAAACAAAAGAACUAGCAGUUCAAAAAGAGACAGAUGGUCGUAGACCUUCAUAAAUCUGGUCAUGGCUACAAGAAGAUCCACAAACAAUUGGAUAUACCACUGAGCCCUGUCAUACCACUGAGCCCUGUCAUACCACUGAGCCCUGUCAUACCACUGAGCCCUGUCAUACCACUGAGCCCUGUCAUACCACUGAGCCCUGUCAUACCACUGAGCUGUCAGGGCAAUUAGUAAAACAUUAAAAAGAUAUAGAACCGUUGAAAACCUCACGGGUAGAGGACGCAAAUACAUCCCCCCCCCCCCAGGAUAGGGAGGAGGAUGGUGAGAGAAGCAACAAAAUCCCCAAGAAUCACUGUGAAAGAAUUGCAGACCUUGGUGGCGUCUUGGGGUCACCAGGUUUCAAAAAGCACCAUCAGACGCCACCUCCACAACCACAGGCUCUUUGGAUGGGUUGCCAGAAAAAAAGCACCAUCAGACGCCACCUCCACAACCACAGGCUCUUUGGAAGGGUUG